GACAUUGCUUCUAAAAUGCAUGGAAUAAAUUGUGCAUUGCUACUUUAUGUAGUUAGCAACUUAUUGGUACACAGCGUGUGCAAUAAUGUCACCAAUAAAAGAGCGCUCGCCGCAGUAGACAACUACGUAAAUCUUGGUGCUGUUGGUACAUUUACAGUUGGUUUUACUCAAACAAUUACCGCAUUUUUGCUUGAAGAGUAUAUGAGCCAGACCAGUUACACCCUAACAAUCAAGAUCUUCAACAAUAUGAAAGGACGUUCAAUGGUCAAUCCUGUGAUGUAUCUAGCAAACGGAAAGACAGUUAAACCUCCAAUGUUAUUUAUUCAUCAUAAAGAAACUGAAGAAGGCGAUGUAGAAAAUACAGAAAUUGCAAAAAUAGUUGGAGAUAAAAAUGAGAUCAAAGGAUUCCUAUGCUAUCAAAUCAAUGCAAGUAGGACAGCUGUAGAAAGGAAAAGCAUGUGUAUUGGUUUUGAUGUUACAAAAAGCGACAACAAGUUCCUUGCCUUUACUACAGCGAUUUCAAAUACUAUAGAAAUGAUUUACGAAAACCUGAGGCUCGAAAGGACAAUGGCAUCUGCUAGGCAAAAAGGAAAAAGCAUUUUACAAAGCAGCAACACAUUGAAAAUAGCAGUAUCAAUCCAGAUGACGACCAGUAAAAAUGCACUGAUUUAUGCUAGAAUGGAUAAUUCAAACGAUAUCGAUAUCUUUCAGAGUGCUCUUGCCAAACGCGAGCUAGUGAUACUUGGAUCAGUUGUUUUGGGAGCUGUUACUGGCAUAACAGGAACCUUGGCACAAGCGGCUUAUAGAUAUCUUAAAACUGACGAUGGCACUGUUCUUGAUAUCGAUAAUUUAUCUAAGGACUCGGAUCCAUUUGUUCUAUACGAUCCGGAAUGGUACGCUGAUGAAGACAUUAAUGUUGAGACCAUUAUUCCAUCACAAGUGAAACAAGGCCAAUCUUUGCAAAUUACUUUAACUUCCUCAAAAACAAUUGUGGCUACAUCUGUCUUUGUGAUAUCUUUCAAAGUAAAACGUGAAUAUUGGCAGAAAGCUAAACGUUUGGUUCUUGCAUUCUGGUGGCUCCCUGUUACGAUGAGAACACAGCAAAAACGGUAUUCUGUUUCAAUGAUGGCAUCCCGUAAUGCUGAAGAAAGUGUUAUGCAAUUGUUAGAACAAUAUGCAGAGGUUAUCAAAAAAUUUCCAAAAGAUAUGGAGGGAGCAAAUAUGAAUAAUCCCAGGGCGAAAGAUUAUUUACAUUUUGGUGAUCCGAGAUAUAAGAGAUCCAUUCGCUAUGUGACUGUUGGAAAGCACCAGACUUAUAAGUUUUGGAAACUUCCUAUAGAUUGUAGAGGUGAAUACAGAGGAGGAGGUCCAGUCAAAGUCAGAAACCUUAAACUAUUGACAGCAAUUGGAACAGGAAAUAAGAAUAUGAUGAUCAUGAAAGUAUUUGGAUCUUCGCGGACAGCAGCUGCAUAUGGUCCAAACGAUUGCUUAAUGCCUGAACCAGUUGAUUACCAAUUUACUCCUGACCAGACACCUCUUCAAUAAACAAUUGGUUGUGCAAAAUUGUUCCCGAGAGGAUUGACAAAUUUUCCCACCAUUACUAUUAUUAGGAAAAAUUAUUUAGCCGGUGAUCGUUAAGAGCUGAUUUGAAUCAAAAAUGCUGUUUUGGAAGUCUACAUAUUUUUUAAUGUUUUAAUUUCACAUGAAUUUUUAGCCCUUUUACGUGGUAUAGCGUUAAGUACGUGGUAUAGCGUUAAGCAUUCACUUUGAAUAUUUCUAUCAUCAGGUUUGCUGCCUGUACUAUAACAAUAUCAGAUUUUAGUAUUGCCAACAUCUUCUUUAAGCACCUACAACGGCACAAUUUUUCAAAGUUACUUUAUUGACCUAAUUGCAAUUUUUCUAGACAAGUAUGAUUGAUGUACUUUUUAGAUUAAAUUUUUAAUCUAUAA